AGGAGUGAAGACCUCUUUUACUCAUUUUUCUCAGAACCCUUUUCUCCAUUUCUUAAUCCUCAGAUCAAUGAAAAAGUUGAAUCCUUUUGAGUUUUUGAGAUGAACCCUUUUUUCUUGAUUGAUCAAAUACCAAUGGGUAUGAUCUUGAUUUUCAUCUCCUUCACUCUGUUAAACUCAAUUCCACCUUCAUAUGGGUAUGACCCAAUGGAUCCUCAAGGCAACAUAACCAUAAAAUGGGAUCUUUUGCAAUCCAAUUUAGGAACAAAUGAUCUGAAGGUAUCAAUCUACAACUAUCAGCUCUACCGCCAUAUAGAGCCUCCUGGAUGGAAAUUGGGAUGGUUUUGGACAGGCGAGGAGGUAAUUUGGAGCAUGUUUGGAGCUCAAGCAACACAGCAAGGGAACUGCUCCAGGUUCAGGGGAGGACAGCUUCCUCAUAGUUGUGAGAAGGCACCAGAGAUUGUGGACCUUUUGCCAGGGACCCCAUAUAACUUGCAGACUUCAAACUGUUGCAAAGGAGGCGUCCUUACGUCGAUGACACAAGACCCUUCAAAGUACGGUGCCAGUUUUCAAAUGAAUGUUGGAGGCACCACUGACCCCGGUAACUUCACAAUGCCAAUUAAUUUCACUCUAGGAAUUCCAGGGUAUAGUUGUCCAAAUUCUACUCAGGUUCCCCCAUCCAAGUUUACUUCAGAUGGUGGCAGAAGAUGGACACAAGCCCUCGGGACAUGGCAAGUGACAUGUGUCUACUCCCAGUCUUUAGCAUCCCCUUCGCCAAAAUGCUGUGUUUCGUUGUCUGCAUUCUACGACAAUACGAUUGUCCCUUGCCCUCAAUGCAGCUGCGGAUGCCAAGGAUUACCUGGAUCAGAAUGUGUAAAGUUCGGUGAAACAUCGUCAUUGCUGCAACAAAUUCAGGAUCCGACUCAAGCUCCACCCCCGCUGGUGAGGUGUACCCGUCAUCUGUGCCCGAUACAGGUACAUUGGCAUGUCAAACAAAGUUACAAAGAAUAUUGGAGGAUUAAGAUAACAGUGACGAAUCUGAACAUUAUCAAGAAUUAUUCUGACUGGAACUUGGUGGUUUCGCAUCCCAAUUUGCAAAGUGUUAUUCAAGUCUUCAGUUUCAACUACAAAUCACUUGACCAAUAUGCCAGCUUCAAUGAUACGGCGAUGUUUUGGGGCAUUCACUUCUACAAUGACAUGCUGCUGCAACAAGGUGACCAAGGGAAUGUUCAGUCUGAAAUUUUACUACACAAAGAUCCUGGAUUAUUCACUUUCAGGGAAGGAUGGGCUUUUCCGAGGAGGAUUUACUUCAACGGCUAUGACUGUGUCAUGCCUCCUCCCGAUCGGUACCCAAGGCUGCCCAAUGUCGGAAGUACUGACAAAUCAAGUCAUUCUGUCAUCGUUCUCUCAUUUUUGUUGCUAUUAGUUAUGUUCUGAAACAAUGAUGAGAUAAGAGUUCAAUCUACAACUUGUACCAGACUAGAGACUACAGAGUUCAUCUCUACGGCGUUUUACUUUGAAAUAGUUUUCAGAUUCCCCACACGUAAUGUAAACCAAACAUAACAGAAGGAAAAAACAUGGAUUUCAUUA